AUGCCGUGCCAGAGGUUCAUGCAGAUGGCGCUGGCGCUGUGCCUCGUGCUGGCCCUGUGGCAAUGUUUCCGAGCCCCUACGGAGAGCGUCGGACCCCUCCCUUGGGCUCCCUCCUUCCCCCCCGAUCCCUGCGGCACCAGGACCAACAGCUCCGAGUGGUUCAGCGCUCGCUACGAGGCGGCCGUGGGGCCUCUGCUGACCGGCACUGCCCCCCAGCUCUCCUCAGACGUGCUGCAGUGGUGGCUGACCCUGCAGCGUUCCCCAAGUGGCAUCCAGCUCCAGGACAUAAUUCAGCAGCUCUUCAGUGUCCUCCAGUCCCCAGCCAGUGGUGUGUGGGACCUGUCCUGCUGCAGGACUUGUGCAGUUGUGGGGAACUCUGGGUGGCUCAGAGGCUCUGGCCAUGGGCUGCAGAUUGAUGCUCAUGACUGUGUGCUGAGGAUGAACAGAGCAAAGACUGCUGGCUUUGAGCUGGAUGUUGGCAGGAGAACAACUCACCGCUUCCUGUACCCAGAAAGCGCAGUGGAUGUCCCACCUGGUGUCCACCUUGUUCUGGUGCCCUUCAAGCCCCUGGACCUGCAGUGGGUGGCCAGUGCCUUUUCCACAGGAGAGCUCACACGCACAUACACCAGAGUGAAGCAGUUCAUCAGAGCCGACAGGAACAAGGUGCUGAUCCUGAGCCCAGCCUUCCUCAAGUACGUCCAGGACAGCUGGAUGCAGCGCCGCGGGCGCUACCCUUCCACCGGCUUCACGGCGCUGCUCUUCGCCCUGCACACCUGCCAGCAGGUCUCUGUGUUCGGCUUCGGCGCGGACGGCGAAGGGAACUGGCACCACUACUGGGAGAGAAACCGCUGGGCUGGAGGCUUCCGCAGGACCAGGGUCCACGACGCCGACGCCGAGUUCAGCAUCAUCCAGAGGCUGGCAGCCGAAGGCAGGAUUGCAUUCUACAAGUGA